UUGUACCAAGACCUUUUGAGAUCAGAGCAAGAAAACUGGAAAGAAAACUCAGCAAGAUACAGAUCUAUGAUAAGAAGAAUCAAGCAAAAAUUAGAGGAAUUGCAUGACAAGUAUGCACUUCAUUUAAGCAGCCCAAGGAUUAGGUUUGGAGAAAAUGUGUACUUUGAAGAAAAUGGAUGCAUAUUUCUUUCAAAAGCAGAUGAUGUAGAUAAAGCAAAUGUUUUAUUCAGUACAGAAGAUACUGGCUUUUCUGAUGCCCGUAUUCAACGGAUCAGAAUUUCACCAGAUCAGAGGUAUAUGGCCAUCAGCUUAAAAAGUGAAAAUUCUGAAGAGGCAACCUGUGUUAUUAUGAAACUUGAUUAUUCUCCUGUUUUGGAGAAAGUCAUUCCAAAUACUUUUAGUUUUGAAUGGGCUACAAGUGAUGUUCUGUUUUACACAAGUCAGAAGAAUCUUAAAUGCCAGGAAGUGUUUAUGACAACUUUCACUGAUGAAAAGCAUACUAAAUUAGUUUACUCAGAACAAGAUGAAAGAUUUUUUGUAGACAUAUAUUGCACAAAGGACAGACGUUUUCUUACCAUCAACAGCAACAGCAAGACAACCUCAGAAGUUUGGCUGGUUGACUGUAGCCAUCCUUUUAAGCCGCCUGUUCUUGUACAAGCACGAACAAAAGGGGUCAUUUAUCACGUGGAGCACAGAAAUGAUGAGUUCUAUAUUCUUACUACAUAUGGAGAGCCUGCAGAGUAUAAGUUGAUGAAGGCACCAGUAGCUUCCAGUGGCAUGGAGAACUGGCAGUUAUUUUAUGCACUGGAGGAAAAGACCAAGCUAAUAGACUUGGAGAUGUUCAGUAAUCACUGCAUUAUGUUCUUGCAGCGCAACAGGCAUCUCUAUUUAGAUGUGAUUUCCUUUGUUUGUCAUUCAGUUCAGUCAAUUAAGCUGCCUACGUGGGCCUGUGCUUUUGAAUUGGAAUCUCAUCCUGAACACAGCACCAGCACUUGCUAUUUUCAGCUCAGCUCCCCAGUACACCCCCCGAAGCGUUUUGCAUAUUCAUUUAAAGCAAAUAAUCUCAUUGAGCAGGCUGAGCAAGAGGUACCAAUUAUUAGGAAUUGUCACACUACACGUUUACUUGCUAAAAGCAAGGAUGAGACUUUGGUGCCAAUUACAGUUUUUCAUAAUAUAAAGUCUAAAGAACUGCACAGGAAACCACUUCUCAUUCAUGUAUAUGGAGCUUAUGGCAUAGAUUUGAACAUGAGCUUUAAAGAAGAGAAGCUGAUGUUAAUUGAAGAGGGUUGGAUAUUAGCAUAUUGCCAUGUUAGGGGUGGAGGAGAGCUAGGCCUUGGCUGGCACAAAGAUGGAUGUCAGCUCAAUAAACUCAAAGGUCUCCACGACCUUCAGGCUUGCAUCAUGUUGCUGCAUGAAUUGGGAUUUUCUCAGCCAAAAUCUACAGCAGUAGCAGCCGCCAGUGCUGGGGCAGUUCUUGCAGGAGCUCUGUGCAACACUGAUCCAGAACUGAUCAGAGCCGUGGUCUUGCAGGCUCCUUUCCUAGAUGUUCUAAAUACAAUGUUGAAAACUCAUCUCCCACUGACAAUUGAAGAACAGGAAGAAUGGGGAAAUCCAUUAGCAGAUGAAAAAACCAUGAAGUAUAUCAAAAACUAUUGUCCUUACCAGAAUAUUAAGCCACAGCCUUAUCCUUCAGUUUUUAUCACAGCUUAUGAAAAUGAUCAACGAGUACCACUAACAGGAAUUUUAAAAUACGUUCAAAAACUUAGGAAGGCUGCAAGAGAUUAUACCAGCAGAACAGAAAGGGAAGGAAACUGGAUCCCUAACAUCAUCUUGGACAUCCAGGCAAAGGGCAGUCACUGCGAUUCGUCGUGGGAGGAUUCACUAAAUGAGAUUGCAAGACACCUUGCUUUUCUGAACAAAGAACUUGAUAAAGAAUAA